AUCAUAAAAUUAUUAUACGUGGUGCGGAGAGUACAAUCUCAUAAAAUAAUAAUUACUACUUAGAAAAUAAAUAAAUAAAAAGAUACUAAUUUAAUUAAGUUUGUUUUAUGCUCGUUACCAAUUAUGGGAAAUUAAAAAUAAUAAUAAAGAAAACGAUAAAAGCUUUGAAAAUACCAUUUGAACUUUCUCUACUGUAAUCCACCUUAUCAUCAAAACCCAUAGUAAGUUUGCAUAGGGGUUUUGGGAAAAACCUCUGAAACUCAGUUCUUUUGUCUUUCUUUCUUUCUUCUCAAAACCUUAAAAGCUCCAUUAAAGCUCUGAAUCUUAUCAUUCAUAUUUUUGAAUCCGAAUGGAAAGCCUGCCAACCCCAAAUUCUCUGCCUCAAAAACCAGGCACAGCCCCUUCCCAAGGGAACAAGAAGAUGAAGCUUCCAAGCCCUCAGGAGCUGAUAUCCCACUACGAAUCGAAAGGCCUGGACUCCCAAGAAGCCUCCAUGAAGGUCAUCGAAGACCUCCAAGCGGCUCUCUUCAGGGUCAUUUCUUCAGGCAGAGGCCGAAAGGACAAGCUUCUGGCCGAAACCUCCAGAAAGAUCGACACCACCAAUAGCCGACUCGCCAUUCUUGACAUGAAGGUGGAUUCCAAACCUGGGUAUGGACAAAGUUUCGCUCUUGGGGUCGCUUCUGGGCUGACGUUGAAAGGGAUUGGGAGUGUCUUUCCUCAUGUUAUUGGAGCCAUUUCUCAGAUUUGGGACUCUGCUCGUAGUGUCACUAAAGAUUCUCAUUAGAUAAAUUUUCGUCACUUUUUUGGAUGAAUUCCCAAUUCUGUUGGAAAAUUUUUCUUGAAUUUGUGUGAAAGUGGAAAAGGAAGAGUUUAUUUUGGUGUAUAAAUGUGCGUCCUGUUCUUAGUGACAAAUUAUAAUACCCUUUGUAUUAUGGGACAUAUCCGGCUUUUUGCUUUUUGUUCUACAUUAGUGGAAAAUUUUUAGCCAUGAAUUUUUGCAUUCAAUGUGAUAUUUUUUUUGCGUUCUGGGAA